CUCACAGUCUCCAUGUCACCAUUAUGGGUCCGAAGCGUAGGAAUGCGAGGCCUUUGCCUUACGAUCCAGAGCUUUACGAAAACUGGACGAUCGCUAGGUUACAGGAGGAAUUACGAUCCAAAAACAUCGCUUUUAAAGCGGGUUCAAAACGUAUGACAUUGGUAAAAAAGUUACGGGAAGCGACACGCUCGGAAACGAGGACUACAAACCCCUCCGCUCCCCCCAGUAGAGGUGCGGUAUACCACAAUCCACCGCGGCAAGAUGGCGUCACGGAAGUAGCUGUAUCUACCGGUGAUUCUACAACUAACUUAGAUCGCCUGGUUAACAUCGUUACAAGUCUCUCGGAAAGCGUCGCAACGCUACAAGACUCUUAUAUUCGACUGGAGAACAGGUUGGGAAAUACAGAGAAUGAAGCACGAGACAGGCGACAAGUUGCAGCCGCAGCUGGCAGCUCUAGUCAGACAGCUGUCGACUCUCUGAGGCUACCGGUGCCUACUUCACCAGCUGAUUUUACUUUGGACACAGCUUACAAAAGAUUUGAGGAAUCGGCCACUUCUCAAGAUGGAUCGCUUCCGACGCCUGGCUCCUCACGCAGACAUGCAUCCCAUUCCGUGUCUUCCUCUGGAAUCCCUUUUGAUGAACUAAGCGAGGAAGUUGAUCUUCUGUGGGACUCCGCGCUGAGCCGUAGCACUCGAGCUACUUACCAGUCAGGACUGAACUGUUUCUUGACUUUUGUGCUGAUGCAGGGGAUAAGCUUCCCUGUGAACUCUUUGCCUCCUAUCAACGAGGAUCUGCUUAUACCUUUUGUUACCCAUUGUCAGAAGGCUCUACUUUUUAAGUUUGACACCAUUAAAUUGUAUUUAGCCGGGAUAAGGUUUAACUAUAUUAAAAGCAAUCUAGGUGACCCUACUGCGAAUACCUUAAGAUUGACUUAUAUUUUGCGUGCAAUUAAGAAGACGCAGGUAAAUACCUCUUCUAAGCGUCUUCCUAUUACUCAUGUUUUAUUAUCUAAAAUGUGCACUGCUAUUACUCGGCAUGGUAUGUUUGAACCGUUCAUUGAUCUUAUGUUAGUUUGUAUUUUCAAAACAGCAUUUUAUGGUUUUUUAAGAUGUGGUGAAUUUACAUGUAAAUCAUUGUGGGAUAAAAACUUUAUUCGUAUUUGCGAUAUUAGCAUCUUGCCUGAUUUGUCAUGUUUUACUCUCACCUUGAGAUCUUCCAAAACGGACCCAUUCGGUCAAGGAGUAGAUGUCAAUGUAUACGAAAAUAGUGUUUUAACACCUGUGGCUACUAUGAGUGAAUAUUGCGUUUUCGAACCACUUCAGAUGCUUUACCUACUUCUCCUUUGUGAAAUGAUGCGAAGGCUCUGUUUAGCCGUGGUGGCGGCAGUAGUGAUAGAACAUUGCUUGCGAUACUGGUUUUUCAUGGACUACCACAAAACAAAGACAAUAAUCCACCACCGUCCCGGACCCUGUCAAUAUCUAGGCGGCGCAGAUGGCGGUUCAGAAGACCUCACAGUUUUAGAUAAUGGCAUGACAUUCAUCUCCUCGGGCUGUAUUUCUGGGACUCGUGGUCGCAUUCUUCUUUUUGAUUUUUCAAACCCGUCACAAGAAGUAAGGGAGUUAUCUAUUGUCAGUUCCACUCUGAACGCAGGCCAAUUGAAUUUGCACGGGCUAUCUGUCUGGCGUGACAGUAUAACAGGGGAGAUAACUCUGAUGGUGAUAAACCAUGGUGGCUCUGAAGAUCACGUGGAAGUUUUCACAUUCCAGGAAGAUGGUCAGAAACUACUUCACAUCGACUCAAUUACAAGUCCUAAACUAGCUUUUAUGAACGAUUUGGUGAUGACAAGCAACAGGACUUUUUACAUCACGGAGUACCGGAAGUUGUCUAGUUACUAUCGACUGGAGUUGCUACUGAUGUUGAAGAACUACAACAUUCUCUACUACGACGGAAGUGACUUUCGGAGUGUGGCACAAGAACUGCACAUGCCCAACGGCAUCAACGUGUCACCUGACCAGAGGUAUCUGUAUGUGGCUGAAUUCGGAAGGAAGCAGCUGAAAUCUUAUCGUAUUGUUGAGGACCUAUUCCUGGAUACAAUGGUGGACAACAUAGAGGUAGACCCUGUUACAGGAGAGUUGUGGUUGGGAUGUACGCCGAUACAGUAUCAACUGUGGGAGUGGGAAAAAGUCGGAUACGACGCACCGUCACAGGUCCUGAAGGUGAAGACAUCAGAAGGGAAGUUUACGGAGGCUGUAGAGGUGUACUUCGACUCCGGAUCUGAACUAGCCGCGUCUACCGUGGCGUCUGUGUACAGGGGGAAGAUGAUAGCUGGUACUCUGAUAUCACAGCUAAUUGUGUGUGACCUCGUGUACACGGAUUGAUGGCGUUCAAUUAGAGAUGACUGAUGUAAAAUCGUAACAUUGUGGUAAUAUAAAAGAAAUGAUAUAAAAUAAAAGUCAACUAUAAAAAAUCACUCAACGUUAUAGUUUCCACUGACUUUAACAGGUUCGGUACAACCACAUAUAUGGGUAAUAAGUUUCUCCGUCUGAUUUAAAUUCAUGUGAAAUCAUAUAAACUGUCUAGU